AUGGACUGUAGCUAUAGAUCAUAUCAACAGGUGUUGAACAUAUCAGUCAAACCAUCACCAUUGUCGCUGCCAUCAACCAAAAAGGAAAACUGUUCGCGCUCGAAAGUCACCAAGACGAGGAAAGACGAGAGUCCGAUAAAGAGAAGAACCAAGACAGGUUGCUUUACUUGUCGAAAGAGAAAGAAAAAGUGUGAUGAGGACAAAGUAAACGGGAAAUGUCAAGCAUGCACUAGAAAUUUUUUGGAGUGUUGCUGGCCUGAGUAUGCAACUAGCAAGGAGAGCAAAAUGGAAUUAAAGGCGGAUGUGAAGAGUCCUACUGUAAGGUCAACCAAGUGUGACAUAAGCUCAUUGUUGUCAUCACCUGUCAACCACGAGGCGCCUUUGUCUCCGGAAAUUACAAUCAAAUCUAUGCCACUGAAAGUGAAGCAGGAUGCUAAUCCCUACCCAAGUCCUAUUCAGUCACCAGUAUCGCAUCAACCUGCUAGUCCAAGUCAAGAAGUUAGUUUUAUGACCUUACCACCCUUGCGUAACAUAAACUACAAAUUACAAGCAAAAGAUAGUAAUGUACGAGGUCUGCGUGAGGAAGUUUCUACAGCAAGGGAGAAGGUGAGUCCCAUCAAAAGCAAGGAGGAAUCAAAUACAAAGUUUAUAAUUACCAGCUUUGAUUCGCGAAAGGAUUUGUGUGAUAUCAAAAAUUGA